CCCCCCCCCCACGCCGGCCCGCCAGCCAUUCACAACCCAUGUUGGUUAGCCCCGAAGUGAAAGGACCAGAGUUCAAACAGAGACUGAAGGCGGCCGGGAUUCGGAUGAGACUCGGACCACGGGACGAGGGCCUGGCCGGACCUACAUGAAGCCCAGACGCUGCUGCAACGCCUGCCGGCGGCGUCACCGCAAAUGCGUCGUCCAGCCCGGUGCCAAGGGCUGCGGCGCCUGCGUCGAGGCCGAGCUCGACUGUCGCUUUGACACGGCCUUGAGGUUCAAGCACGCGCCGGGAAGCGCGAAGAAGGUUGCGGGGGAUGGAGUCCAGAAGACGGGCCAGAGAGCGAGACGCCAGAGCGAGAUAAGCCGCGGGGAUGACGCCGCCGCCUUCACCGAAGCUUCAUCAUCACCGGCCACCCAGCCCGUCGCCGGCGAGAGGAGCGCCAGCUUCACCUCUCAGGCUUCCCCGCUUGGAUCUGUCCCAUACGAGGGUCAACUCACACUGGAGUUUGCCCCGCCGGCCUCGCGCGGCGUUCGGGCCGAGGCGCCCGGCCAGCGGUUCUCGGGCCAAGGAUCCCACGGAGACGGCAGCGCGCCGAUCGGGUUCGUGUUGAACAGAGGCCCACCGCCGGCGUCGGCGGCAAACCAGCACCGGGCCAGCUUCACGUCGAGUUCCGACUUUCUGGAUCCCACCCGUGAUGCUCUCCUCUCUGAAAGCGGUCAGUGGAACGCCGCGGAGGUGCAGCCUCAGCUCCAGAUAUCCUAUCUCCUCGGCGACUCCCCCUCGACGCAGCUUGGACCGCCAUAUCAACCGGAGCGGGCUGGUGGUUAUUUUGGCCCGGAUGCAGACCAUCGGGACCAACCGACGGACCCCGAGCAUUGUGGCUUCACCGGUCGGCAGGCCUUUCUCUUCCGGACUUAUAUCAUGAGGAUAGCGCCAUCCAUCGAUGCCUGUCACGACGCCCGGCCAUUUACCCUCGACGUCCCCCGUCUAGCCCUCCACAAGCCCAUCCUGCUCAACGGCAUCUUCGCCCUCGCGAGCCGCUUCGACACGCAAAGCACCGACGACGACGACGACGACAACGACAACGGCAACGGCGACGUCGCAGCCGACCGAGGGUCCGACCUGGAGAGCACCUACUACCACAACCGAUGCAUCGAGCUGGUGAUCGAGGCCUUCUCGCAGCCGCCCGAGACGUGGGACUCGAUCCUCCUGACGGCCGUCGUCAUCAUGCGGCUGUACGAGGAGUACGACAACGAGACGGACUCGCACUACCACCACCUCCGCGGCACGCGGAACCUGCUGAGCCACGACGCCGUCGCCCGCUUCGUCACGCAGGGCGGGCUGGCCGAGGCCGCCAGCUGGGUGCACCUUCGCCAGGCCCUGUACGUCUACCUGGUGCGCCGGACGCCCAUCGAGAUCUGCCUCGAGAACUUUGAGAGGUCGUCCACGUUCCACCGCAACGACGACACGGCACACGCCAACCGCGUCGUGUACCUGUUCGCCAAGGUGCUGAAGCUGUUCUUCCCGGACGGCGGGGCGGGGUUGCCGCCGCCUGCGGGCGGCGAGGAGGCCGCAGCGGCCUGGAAGGACCUGAGGGGGGACGUCGAGGCGUGGUACCGGGAGAAGCCCGUCUCGUUCCGGCCGCUGUUCUACGAAAAGGCGGACGUGGCCGGGGGCAAGCCGUUCCCGACGCUUUGGAUGACGGCUGACCCAGCCACCGUCGGUCUCGGGUAUUACUACGCCUCAAAAGCAAUCUUUUCCUUCCAAGAGUACAACAGCUCGAACCCGACGGCGGGGUUCGAGGGGACAAAGAAGAGGAUGGACAGCGAGCGCGAGAUCACGUUCUAUCUCUGUAUCCUAAUGGGCUUGGCCCUGUCGAACGAAGCGGUCAACGCGUACUAUCUGCCGGCGCACAUGUUGUCUCUAUGCGGGCAUCUCAUCAGACACCCGCUCGAGCGGGAGCACACCAUUAAAUACCUGGCCCAGGUGAGGACCAUCGUGCAGUGGAAGACGGGGGCGUUGGUCAGGACGUUGAGGAAGCAGUGGGCCGAGCUUGACAGCUUCUCAUCGAGGUAGAUUCACAGUUGUUAUUAGUUAUGAAGCGUCGAUUCUGCCUCUUGAGAGGGGAACUUGUUGAGACUGGGGCUCUCUUCUUCACACGCGAGUACAACCAAUCUGAAUUAUCGACUCGUCGACCCAAGACAAAUAUCAAACACCGUCAUUGAAGCUAUAGUGCUUGUCCCACCGCUGUAUCCCACGGCCGCCGCUUGUCGACGAAGCGCAAGUCGGUCCCGAGCCUGAUCCGGCCUUCAGGGUCAUAGUUCUUGGUCGACGCGUGAAUCUGGUGCGCCGAGUGGAACACCACGUCGCCGGCCUCGUACGCGCUCACCAUCCACUUCUUCCCGUACCUCCUCCCAAAGUCUGCGGGCCCCUCGCUGAGGAACCCCGUCGCCAUCAUGUUGGCGUUGAAGGCGUUCCGCGUCUCCUCCUCGCUCAUGCCCGCCGCCCGCGCCUUGGCCGCGAACUCGUCC